GCACACGCGCCGCGGCCGCAGAUGCAUAGCAAAGAGGAACAGAAUUAACAAUCGUUAUCGAAAAGGGAGAAAGACAAAAUGGGCAUAAAUAUUUUUAUAAACAAUAAAUAUUUAAUUUCCGAGGAUUUCAUAGACUACGAUGAGCUAUGCAGCCGGAUUGAAGAGAACACAAACUUGCAACCUGAGGAUUACUACCUGGUGAGCAAUGGUAAACGUUUGGUGGGGGAACUGCCUCAUGGAGAUGUCCACUGCAUCCUGCGCCAGGUGGGCGGAAAGGGAGGAUUCGGCUCCAUGCUGCGAGCCAUUGGCGCCCAAAUCGAAAAGACCACCAAUCGCGAGGCUUGCCGGGAUCUGAGCGGUCGUCGCCUGAGGGACAUCAACGAGGAGAAGCGAGUGCGCGCCUGGCUGGACAAACAGGGCGAGCGCGAACGGGAAGCCGAGGAGCGGAAGAAGCGAAAGAUCGAGAAACUGCUAGCUGUGCCAAAGCACGACUUCAAGGACGACAAGUACGAGGAGGCCAGGGCAAAUCUCACCGAGAAGGUCAACGACGCCUUCGAGGAGGGACUCAAACAGGCGGAGGAAAUCAAGGAGAAACAGGCUCAAGCGCAGGCCCAGGAAGCCUCCACCAGUGGCACCAAGCGAAAAUCACCCGCCGAAGACAAAACCAAGGCCAAAAAGAAGAAAAAGGGGGCUCUUUGGAUAGGCGAUGACAUCUCAGGAUCCGAUUCAGACUCUGACGACAGCGAGAAGGAGCCGGAAACACAGAAAAAGGCCAUCAAAAACUAGAGAAAUAGGUUAACAUUUAAGUACUACUUUUUAAAUUCGCAAGUUAUUACAAUCUGUAAUUUCCAAUCAAUAUAAAAUCCCAACCCGACAUGUUAAUAAAAUAACUUAAAUGCAGACUAGCAUUUAAAAUUUGAAA